UCCAAUGAGAAUAGGAGGAAACAAUAAAAAAGAACAAUCCUAGACCAUCAAACAGACUGCUGAAAAAGCUCUCAAGUGCUCGAUAACCUUCCCAUAUUCCUAGAACGGCUCAAUUAUCAGCGUUGAAGAUUUCCUCUGUGCAUUUAGGCAAAGAAGAAGAACAGAAGGACAAUACCUUAAUUGCAAUUUGAUUUCAGAUGGAUGUUCAUUACAAUAUUACAUAUCUUAUACUUGGAGGGCAUGUACAGCUUUCAAAAUAUAGAUAUAUAUAUUUCUCAAUUACUUUCCUGCUCUUCAUUCUAAUUAUCUGCAGUAAUACUAUUGUUUUAUAUGUCAUCUAUGUACAUGAAAGCCUUCACAAACCCAUGUAUAUUUUUGUUGCUGCUUUGCUGAUGAACGCCCUAUUUGGAAGCAUAACCGUCUAUCCCAAACUCCUUGUGGAUCUGCUGUCAGCAACCCAAACUAUAUCCCGUCCUGCCUGCCGGUUACAGAGCUUUUUAAUAUACGUGUAUGCUGCUUGUGAAUUCACACUUUUGUCAGCGAUGGCUUUUGAUAGGUAUGUAUCCAUAUGCAGACCUCUCCAAUACCACUCCCUUGUCAGCCCACAAAUUGUCAAAAUAAUGUUGGUUUUGGCCUUUUGUUGGCCAAUUUGUAAAAUGGGAAUUGGCAUUAUUCAUUCAGCUAGUUUAGGCCUAUGCAAGUUUGUGUUAACGAGAAUUAUUUGUGAUAACUAUUCCCUUGUCAAAGCAGGGUGUGGGGAUUCAACCGUAAGCAAUGCAUAUGGACUUUCUGUAAUGGUACUUUCUAUAUUUCCACAUCUGAUAUUUAUUAUGUUUUCUUACACCAGAAUAUUGAUAAUUUGUCUGAGGAGCUCCAGAGAUUUCAGGAGAGGAGCUCUCAACACUUGUCUCCCCCACCUUGUUAUAUUUCUGAACUUUACCAUAAUCAUUAUGUUUGAAGUCAUUCAAAAUCGUAUCCCCUCUGGCAUACCGCAUAUUGUUCGUCUUAUAGUAUCUCUCCUGUAUGUUGUGAUUCCUCCUCUCUUCAAUCCUCUCAUGUACGGAUUUAAAAUGCAAGAGAUAUCUCAAUGUCUUGUAGAACUAUUCAGGCUGAAAUAACAGCAUUUGACUGACAUUACGCUGCUACAAAGUGGAUACCACUGACAAAAAAUACUUUUGAUUUAUAAGAUACAUCUUUAUCUGAAAUGUGGACAACUCUGAUUCUGAAUUGCUUUGUGUUUUAUUUGUUUGAUUAUUAUUAUGUUUGCUCUCUUAAAAAAGGUAAAAUUCAGGCUAUAAUGUGAG